AGCUAUUUCGCGGCAAUCUCUUCAUCAUUUCAUAUUAGAUGAAGCCAAAUUGAAAAUUAGUUUGCUUUUUUAAACUCGAUUUGUAUAGUUAUCUUAUAAUUUAAUAAAAUGAAUAAAUAUGCUCCGGAUCCUCUGUAGGAAUUUGCACCUCUCAGUAACCAAUAACAUUUGGAAGGAGAUUGUUCUGGCUGACGUACUUAUCAAGACUCAAAUAGUUCCAGUCUCCUUUUCCUAGGUCCUAGAGUUUAUCUAUAUCAGAUGACGGAUGAGUAGUUGACGUGCACGUCCAAGACAAGUAAGCGUAUCAACGGCUAUGAUUGCUCUUUCUUUUGGAGGGUGGCGGUGAGGGAAGGGAAUGCAGACUAGAAUCAUUCUUCCUGGUCGGUCAUUCUGCCGCAAAACCUGAAACGUGGCAGGGAAACAUUUGCCGUGGCAAGCACCAGGGAGCUUCUCGCUCUUGCAACAACACGUGGCCAUACACGUGCCACCAAGUCGCGUCACGUUUCGCCCGUGUUCCACCCAUAAGAACCCCGAUCCCCUGUUCCGUGGACCUCCCAAACGGUUCGAGAGAUUGUACCGUUCCGUCAUCGUCCUCUGGUUUUCAUUCGUGUCGGGUCGAGCCGAGAGGCGGUGGUCGCAAUGGUGGGUGCAUUCGUGCCGGUUUGCGUGCAGUGCGGGACGAGGAGCAACCCGUGCCGGUGCAAGGUGGUGGGGUCCACGCUGGGGUUCGUGGCGUUCGCGGCGGCGGCCGUGGUGGAGUGGCCCGUGGGGGCGCUCGUCUACCUCUUCCGCCACAUGAAGGGCCGCCGCAUCAUGGCCCACCCGGCCACUGUCGUCUACCCUUCCGUCUCCAACGCCAUCCCCAUCUAAAUGUGCAUUAAUUGAGUUGAGUGCUUUCGUUUCGUUAAUGCAUCGAGUUGUUUGAAUGCCAUGCUCUCUUUCUCUCUCUCUCCAUCCACAGUGUAAUUAAAUUUAUGGUGUUGCUUGGAUAGGUCAUCCGUGUGACACAUUUAGUUAUAUAAUUGUUGCUAAUCUGUUUCCUU